CGCCCAAACAAAAACAAAUCAGUCGCUUGUUCUUUAUUGCAUAAUUUUUUGUUCAUUUUCGGUGAAUCCACCGCUCCAAAAAUACUUAAAAAAUAUAAUUUCGUCCCGUGAACCGUCCCCACAAUGAACUAACUCGGCAUUUCGUGUAAUUAAGUGGCAGCUGUUAACUUAGAACAUCACUUAGAAUCGCACAGCCUUCAAUUAUUCGAAUUUGGUAUCGGAAUUUAUGUCAUCACUCAACGAGUUUCGAGCAACAUAGAAGAAAAUCUACGAAAAAAAUACUGAACUAGAAGCGCGUCAAAAGUCGAGAUGGGCGGGUGUUUCAGCAGUGAAGAGGAAAAAAAAGUUCCGUUGCAAGUCAAAGGAUGUACAGACGUUUUUUGGCUAAUUGUAUUCAUUCUGUUCGCAUUGGGAAUGGCAGUAAUUGCUGUCUUCUCAUUCGUGUACGGGAAUCCGCUGCGUGUGAUUAACGGCUACGACUCGUUCGGCAAUACGUGCGGCGUGAAGAAGAAUACGAAAUACAACAAUUUCCCGCUGAGUGGUCGUGAUACGAGCGAGGAAAAGUACCUGUAUUUCCUGAAUCCCAGCGAGCUGUCACAUUCCUUGAAAAUUUGCGUAAAACGGUGUCCCAAGCAAACUUUGAACAACACCCAACAAUUGUACAACUACUACAAGGAACACGAGCACAAAGGCGUCAAAUAUCAGGGACAUCGUUAUUGCCGCUACGAUUUUGACUACGAAGAGUUGAUCCGGAACCCCAAUCGCGAUUACAGUAGUUCACUUGGGCCAUGUACCGUUUUUCCCGUGUACAAGGGACGCUCGAUUUUGAACCGAUGUGUGCCCACGGAAUCAGCUGGCAUCGCAAAAGUCACGGAAUUUUAUCGAUUAUUGAACAAUUUGGACUUGGUGCAGCAAAUUUUGCAGGAUUUCUACAAGUCAUGGGGAUAUAUUUUGGGAAUUUCCGCAAGUGCCGUCAUCUUUUCCGUCGUUUUGAUUUGUUUGAUGCACUGUUUGACGCAAAUUGUGGCCUGGAUCAUUUGUAUUUUCGUCGCGAUCGCCAGUGUUGUCAUCACAAUUGUCCUUUGGAAGAACUAUUAUGAGGUGAAAUCCGAAGUGGAUGCCUUGAAGGACGCCAAUUACUUGGAUACGAUCUUGAGAAAUGAGACAGCGAUCUUCGUUUUGGCCAUAAUUGCCACUGUGGUCAUGAUAACGAUCAUUAUUUUGGUUUUCAUCAUCAAAGACAAGAUUAAGGGACUUGCGGCGUUGUUUGAAGAAGCUGGAAAAUGCAUGUUGCAACUUCCGGGGCUUGUUUGCCCGCCAUUUUGGGCAUUUUGCUGUCUCUUGUUGUACAUCGCCUUUUGGUUGACCGUCGUGAUUUGCUUGGCAUCCGCUAAUUAUCCGUUCCAGAAGCCCAUUAUCCCGUUGGAAGCUGCCAAGGGAGAUAUUUUCGCCAAUUCAACCGACUUGCAACCGCAAAAUAACACGGGAUCAGGCGAUUAUCGGUCACUUUUCGCCGUGGAAUAUGUCGAAUCGAAAAUUUUGAAGCACAUGACAAUUUACUACCUCAUCGCGCUCAUCUGGGUCUCGGAAUUCAUCUUUGCCUGUUCCCAAAUGGCCAUUGCCGGUGCCGUGGCUUAUUGGUAUUUCAAAAUUCCCACCGAUUCGCCCGUCGCCAAAGCAAGUUCGAAACUCGUCAAGUACCAUUUGGGCUCUGUGGCGAAAGGAUCUUUGCUCAUCACGCUUUUUAAGAUCCCCCGAUUGAUCCUGACCUACUUGUAUGCCAAGAUGAAGGCAAAGAAGGGCGAAAGUGGAUGUGCGGAAUGUGGAUUGAAAUGUUGCAUUUGCUGUUUUUACUUGUUGGAGAAGUUUAUUCGGUACUUGAAUCAUAAUGCGUACACCGUGAUUGCCAUUGAGAGUUUGAAUUUCUGUCCGGCAGCGGGAGUUGCGUGGAAUUCGAUGGCUUCGAAUGCCUUGCAAGUGGCGACAAUUAACGGAAUUGGCGAUUUUAUAUUGUUUUUGGGAAAAUUGGCAGUGGCAGCAGUUUGUGGUUUAAUUGCUAUUUUUGUGCUCAAGGGAAUGGAAGAGAUUCAGCAGUAUAUGGUCGUGGCAGUUUUCAUCUCGAUUAUUGCCUUCUUCAUUGCUCACAUUAUUUUGUCACUUUAUGAGAUGGUCGUUGACACCCUCUUCCUCUGCGUGUGCGAAGACAAAAACAUCAACGGUCUCGGCGGUCGCUGGAAGGAAAGCAAUCUUGCUCACUUGCUUGGAGAGGAACCGGCGCGCAACGGACACAGCGAAGUGGACGCCAUCGAAGCGCCCAUGCAACAAGUCGAGUUAGCUCCAAUCACGCGUCAACCAUUCCACUACACCGAAGAUGCUCCGCAACCCAAAAUGCCUUUCCAUCACACCGUCGACGAAUAA